CGACUGUCGCAGCUGUCAACGCGCGUCGUCAUUUCAACUUUUUUUUUUACGGGAAAACAAACCAACCAUCGGCUUUGAUUUGAUCGAUCGAUAUCGUCUUCGUACUUUGUUCGGUUACCGUAGGUCAACAAUAUCAUCACACUCCCCCGAUGUCGUUGCCGAUGUGAUUGAUCGGGGAGUGGGAUAUGGACUCGUGCGCAUCGUGGUCGUCCUCCUCGUCGUCGGAGACUCUCCUGGGGUUUCUCCUCCGAUCGAAGCUCAGCUCCCGGUCCUGCGGUUCCGGCGAGUACACUCUGGGGCUGAUCAGAGAGUGCGCCGCGAGGGAGCUCAACGCCUUCCUGUGGAUCUCUCUCAUCGCCUUCACUGCUUAUCUGGUCGGGAAAGUGGUCAAGCUGGCGAGGUUAUGGAUCGGUGGGAGCAGGAUCCCCGGACCUCCCUCGCCUUCCUUCUACGGCCACUGCAAGCUGAUUUCGAGGGAAAAUCUCGUUGAUGUUCUAUCAACCCUCCAUGAAAAAUAUGGAGCAGUUGUCAAGCUGUGGCUAGGCCCGACUCAGCUUUUGGUAUCGAUAACGGAUGAAGGACUUGUCAAAGAAAUGCUUUCAAAGGCCGAAGAUAAAUUGCCUAUUGUUGGUCGGGCCUUUCAAUUGGCCUUUGGACGAUCAAGCCUCUUUAUGCCCUGUUUUGACAAGGUGCAAAAGAGAAGAGAGUUAUUGGAAGCAGAAUUGAAUAAUAGAUUGCAUGAGAAAGCAGGUGUUGUCUCCACGAAGGUUUUGGACUCUAUCAUGGAAAAGAUGCAUCUACUGAUGUCCAAAGGAAGUGUGGACUCUAAAGUCUUAUCUCAACAUAUGGCAUUCCAAUUUUUGGGCGCCAGAGUGUUUGGGGAAGCAUUCUUGGGUUGGUCUGAAGUUACUGUGUAUGAGGAAUUGCUCAUGUCAAUUUCCAAGGAUGCAUAUUUUUGGGCUUCAUAUAAUGUUACUCCUUUUUGGAGAUGGGGCUUUUGGAGUUACCAAGGCAUGUGCACGAAGUUGAAAUGCUUGACUCAAAAAUUCGUUCAACUUUGCAAAAAGAACUAUGAGAGAUGUUGCCACUUUGAUGAGAAGCCUAAAAUUGAUCUGACAGCAGGAAGUUCUCUGGCAUGUUCUCCUGCUAUGAUGCCUGAUAAUUUAGUGUUGAAGGAGCUAAAUAGCCAAUUUAAUUCGAGUGAGGAACCAUGUGCUAAUAUUAUGGGUGUCAUGUUUCAUGGAUGCCUGACUUCUGCCAGCCUAAUUGGUGAUAUAUUCCUAAGGCUUGCAUCGAAUCAAGAAUUGCAAGAUCAGAUCUACCUGGAGAUUGUCACGGCAAGAAAGUUGUCACAGAAAGACGACUAUCGACCCUUUGAUGAGAUGGUGCUAUUAUCUGCCACUAUUUAUGAAUCUGCUCGUCUUCUCCCAGCAUGGCCUUUGCUGCAGAGGUGCUCUCUUAAUGGAGACUUGCACCUCAAAUCAGGUACUACUAUACCGGCUGGAGCAGUAUUAGUCGUCCCUGUGCAGUUGGUACAAAUGGAAGGUUUAAGCUGGAAAAAUGACUGCAGUGAGUUCAAUCCAUAUCGUUUCUUAUCAAGGGCUGAAAAGGGUUCUCUUUCAGCACAACUUAAAGGGGCUGCUGAUGACGGCGGUUCUAAGAAGGGAUCUUAUGUUUUGGAUGAUCCAAGAAACCACGCAGCAUAUCUUCCUUUUGGUUAUGGCACACGUGCUUGUGUUGGUCAGAAGUUUGUGAUCCAUGGACUGGCAACAUUAUUUGCAUCAUUGUUGGAGCACUAUGAGAUAAGGUUGAAGCAAGGAUUGAAGGGUGUUCUCAAGCCACCACUCACCAAGGGUGCUCUUGAACAGCUUCCCAGCCUGGAAAUGGUCUUUGUGAAAAGGAAUGCCUGAAAGAAAAGGCAGCAACACGGGAUUUGUCUUCAGAUAAACUGCCCAUCACUUAGAGGAGAUAAGUUUUCGAGUUUACAUCCGUUUCCUUUUUUCUCAAAAUCGAUGAGGGGAUGCUUCGCUGUUGAUCUGACAACUGGGGAUUCAUACACGUGAGCGAGUUUCUAAGCUCAUGUUUUUUUGGCUCCCCAUUUUGAGUAGCUGAAGGUGCCGUUUCCCAUUGUUGGACAUAAAAACUGUGUUUUUGGAGCACUUGGAGCUAUUGUUGCAGUGAAGCAGGCCUCUUCUUGUUUUCUAACCCCCUCAUCCCUUGAACGUUUGUAUCAGUUCUUUUUUCUUUUUUUCCCCCCUCUGCGUCUGGUUUUUCACUCUCACUUGAGGAGAGGUGACGUUGUACUUUAGGACUCUGUGUUGGGCGAUAAACAGUACGUUCACGUUACACUGUACAAUAAAAUGUUCACUGUCGGCGAAUUGGUGCUUUGUUUUCACAUUAAA